AUGAAUGUCAUUCAGGUGAACGAUUCCAAUGACGACUCGCGCAAGUCCAAUGAAUUUAACUGUAGUACAGAUGGUGAUAAUUUCGAGGAGAUCAGUGGCGAUUUCAGCGCGCUAAGGGCCUAUUGCUUAUCGCAGGACAAGCUGUACGAGGAUCCCGAUUUUCCGGCCAACAACUUCUCGAUCUACCGGUCAAUGCCGCCAAGCGAUGAUCAACAAGUGAUUGAAUGGAAACGCCCAAGAGAGAUCGUCGAGGAACCGAAAUUUGUGACCGAGGGAUUCUCGCGAUUUGACGUGCGACAAGGAUCAUUGGGAAAUUGUUGGUUCAUCGCAUCCUGCGCCAGCCUUACUUCUCAUCAGCGAUUGUUUGAUCGUGUUGUGCCAGCGGACAAUGGUCAAUUCGAAGAUGAUACGUAUGCUGGAUUGUUUCGAUUCCGCUUCUGGAUGUACGGUCGUUGGGAAGACGUAGUGAUCGACGAUCGUUUGCCUGUCAAAGAGGACAACACGCUACUCUACAUGAGCUCUUCGACGAAGAACGAAUUCUGGGCUGCGUUGUUGGAGAAGGCGUACGCGAAGCUCCAUGGUUCAUACCAAUCACUCAAAAGUGGCACCGGACUAGAGGGCAUGGUUGAUCUGACCGGUGGUAUCACAGUGGACUACCCAUUGAAGGGCGCCGAACCGGCGAACAUGUUCGAGAUACUAGAACGAAGUUUGGCCCGUAAAUCGUUGGUCACCACCGGGAUCAACCAGGACACCCAGGAUAGACUGAAGUCCGUCAACUUGGUAUCCUCCCACGAGUACUCUGUGACGAAAGUGUCUCGCUUCGACGCAAACCUGCUGAACCUUGGCCAUGGCCUCGUACCUAACGUGAGGCUAAUCUGCUUGCGCAACCCGUGGGGAAGCAAGGAAUGGAACGGACCCUGGAGCGAUAGUUCUCCCGCGUGGAAACUGGUCAACGACGAGAAGAUAAGUGAGCUGAACAUCGUCAAAGAGGAUGGCGAGUUUUGGAUGGGUUUCGAGGAUUUUGUGACGUAUUUCGACGACAUCAGUAUAUGCCACCAGUGCCCCAAUGAUUUAGACGAGCUCCAGAACAGAAACUUCCCCUGGGAGAUGCUAUGCUACUCGGGUGAAUGGAAGCGAGGAUCCACUGCAGGAGGAUCAGACGCUUACAGCUUCUGGAGGAAUCCACAAUUUGUCAUCACACUAUCAGCAAAUUGCUCUAACAGCAUUAAAAGCAACUCUCUUCAAGAUGAUGAAAAUGUGGAUUCAAACACUGCAGUAAUUAUAGGGCUUAUGCAGAAGCACAACCGUGAGUUGGGAACAGAAUUUUUACCCAUAAGGAUCCACGUUUUCCCGAUACCUGAUCAUGUGGUCGUCCGCCAACGACUCCUGUCGAAGCAGUUCUUUGAUGAAGUCGCACCAGUCAAUGGUGGGGCUCGUUUCGCACCCGAGCGUGAGGUUGUCGCAAAAUAUUCGCUGCCCGCCGGCAGAUACGUGGUGGUCCCGCACACCUGGAAGCCAAAGCUGGAAGGCGAAUUUUUCCUACGCAUCUUUGCCGAAGGAUCAAUUGUCAACACUUGCAAUUGCGAUAACGAAUAGGAAUGAAUAGGAAUUACGAAACUCUCAAUGGUGUAUGGAAUCGGACGCUAACGUUGAUUUGUUUUUGCAUGUUUUAUUCUAUAUCAUUUAUUCAAGCUAAUAUGCUGCCAGUAUAACCGUAUGUUACCAAUAUUAUAACAAUAUCAA